GUUUCGCUUCAUCUUACACGAAAAACUCUGUGCACCUACUGAGACCCUUGUCCUCUUCUGCCCCCAUCUUCAUUUCACCACCAAUCAAACAACAAUGUGUUGCUGCUUUUUCCACUUUACCUUUUCUUCUCCUCCAUUUCUUGGUAGUUUCGUUUCAUCUUACACGCCCUUGACUUCACAUUGACGUUGAUGGAAGCUACCAGGAAACUGUGAUCACGCAGCGUACCUAUUUUUGAGCUGUGCUCCUUUUCUUUUCCUCUUCCUCUUGUGCUCCUUCUUCAUUCCAUCAGCGAGCUGAGCGUGAAAUCAAACAACAACUCAGGUUCAAUGGCCACCCAAUUGAGAGCUUCUUCCUCAUUCUCUUCUGUUCCUUUUUCCACCCGUUCAUGCACACACGAUGUGUUUCUGAGUUUCAGAGGCGAGGAUACUCGCUACGGUUUCACAGGUCAUUUGCACAGGUCUUUGGUUCAAAGGGGAAUCAACACCUUCAUAGAUGAUGAUGAUCUUCCAAGAGGAGAAGAAAUAUCAGAAGCACUUCUCCAAGCAAUUAAAGAAUCAAAGCUGUCUCUCGUGGUGUUCUCCGAAAACUAUGCAGCCUCAAAGUGGUGUUUAAAUGAACUGGUUCAUAUCCUUGAAUGUAAAAAAUCGAAGAACCAAAUGGUUCGGCCAAUCUUUUACAAGGUAAAUCCCUCCGAUGUUAGACACCAAAGAGGUAAAUUUGGUGAGGCACUUGCAGAGCAUGAACGCGGACUCGAAGGUGAAAUGGACAAGGUGAAAAGUUGGAGAGCAGCUCUUUCAGAAGCAGCAAAUUUGUCUGGGUGGCCUUUCUCGCAGGGGCAUCAAUAUGAAUAUGAAUUUAUUGAUAAAAUUGUUGAAGAGGUUUCUGCACAAGUAAAAGAACCUACCUAUUUGGAUGUGGCAAAGUAUCCAGUUGGGAUACACUCUCGGGUACAAGAAAUGCUUGAAAUGUUGGAUGUUGGGGGAAGUGAUGUACGCAUGGUAGGGAUAUGGGGAACUGGUGGAAUAGGGAAGACAACAAUUGCUAAAGCUGUUUACAAUACAGUUGUCCAUAAGUUUGAAUUUCACUGCUUUUUGGCAAAGGUUAGAAAAGAGUCAGAGCAACAUGGAGGUUUAGUCAACCUACAAAACAUCAUUGUUUCAAAGAUUCUAGGGGGCAAAGAACUGAAAGUAAUCAAUGUUGAUGAAGGAAUCAAUUUGUUGCGGGAAAGGUUGAGAUAUAAAAGGAUUCUUUUAGUUCUUGAUGAUGUGAAUGAAUUGGAACAGUUAGACGCAUUAGCGGGAGCACCAGAUUGGUUUGGUCGUGGCAGCAGAAUUAUCAUAACAACAAGAGAUAAGCGUUUGUUGACUGUUCACGAAGUCAAUCCUAUAUACAAGGCCAGGAAACUAGAUCAUCACGAAGGUUGUGAGCUCUUUAGGUUAAAUGCCUUAAAGAAAAAAGGAAAUCAUGAUGACAAUGAGAAACUCUGGAUUAACACCAUUGUUAGAUAUGCUCAUGGCCUUCCGUUAGCCCUAGUAGUUUUGGGUUCACAUCUAUGUGGUAGACCUAUACAUGAAUGGCAUGCUAUGUUAGAUGGUUAUAAAAGAAAUCUUCCCAAAGACAUUCGAGAUAUUCUCAAAGUCAGUUAUGAUGGAUUGGAAGAAAUAGUGAAAAAAGUUUUCCUCGACAUUGCUUGUUUCUUCAAUGGUUGGAAUACAAAAAAUGUGAUACAAAUAUUAGAAGGUUGCGACCGCAACAACCCCAAGCAUAGUAUUGAAGUUCUUGAAGAAAAGGCGCUCAUAAAUGUUGAUGAAUAUGGUCGUAUUUGCAUGCAUGAUUUGCUAGAUGAGAUGGGAAAAUAUAUAGGUCAGCAAGAAUCUACAGAGCCAGGUAAGCGAAGCAGAUUGUGGCAUCACAAGGAUGUGCAGGAGGUUCUAACAGAAAACACGGGCACAAGUAAAAUUGAAGGCAUGAUGGUAAAGAUGCCCAAAGAAGAUGAGAUACGCCUGAGUCCUAAAUGCUUCAAAGAGAUGAAAAAUCUUAAAAUCUUUAUAAACAUCAAUGGACAGUUUUGUGGAAAGGUUGAUUAUUAUCCGAAUCAGUUGCGGUUAUUUGAUUGGUCUAGCUGUCCGCUACAAUCUUUGCCCUCCGAUUUUAAUAUGAAGAAUCUGGUUCAACUUAAUAUGUCUUGCAGCCGCAUCUCACGUUUUGGAGAAGGAUCCAAGAGUAUGGAAAAUCUGAAAUCCUUAAAUUUGAGGGGAUGUGGAUUCCUAGUACAAAGCCCAGACCUGUCUGGAAGUCCAAACUUAGAGUUUCUGGAUCUAAGUUGGUGUACAAGUUUAAAGAAGAUCCAUCCUUCGAUAGGAUCCCUCCAAAAGCUUGGUAAACUGUAUCUAGAGUGUUGCUCUAACCUUGUGACGCUUCCUCAAAAAGUCAACUGGAGAUCCCUCAAAUCCUUAAAUAUGAGAAAAUGUGAACUCGCACAAAGCCCAGACCUCUCUGGAAGCCCAAACCUAGAGAAACUGAAUCUAAGCUUUUGUACAAGUUUAGUGGAGGUUCACCCUUCAGUUGGAUCCCUUAAAAAGCUUGUUCGCCUUAAUCUUCAAAGAUGCUCUAACCUUGUGAGGCUACCAGGAGAAGUCAACUGGAGAUCCCUCCGAUCCAUUAAUCUCGACUACUGCACAAGGCUGGAGAGUUUUCCUGAAAUUGUGGAAGAGAUGAAAUACAUGACAUCCUUGUGUCUGUACAACACUGGCAUCAAAGCAUUGCCUUCAUCCAUUGGAUAUCUAAUUAACCUUGAACUGUUGAAUCUAAGGUCUUGUGGAAACCUCACAGAUCUACCUUGCAGCAUCUAUGAAUUGCAAAAUCUAGAGGAGGUUGUUUUGUCCAGAUGCCCAAAAUUCAUAACAUUCCCAAAUAAGGUAGAGUCUGAAGUGCUUCCAACUUACUCAAAGGUUUCACGUGACAACCGUGACUCUUCAUCGGAGCCAGAGCCAGAUACUGAAUUCAAUUUGGCGCUUCCUUGUUUAGAUCGAUUCCAUGCGGAUGGAUUAUCUAAUAUUGAUUUCCUCGCGUCCCUUGAUUGUGCAUCCACUUUAUAUUACCUUGAUUUAUCAGGAAGCCCCAUUGUUAUUCUUCCCGAAUGCAUCAUCAACAAAUUUGUCGACUUGAUGAAACUCAAUUUGAGCGGCUGCAGGAGGCUCGUAGAAAUUCCAGAGCUUCCACCGAGUAUUAAAAUGUUGGAUGUGGUGGAUUGCGUAUCAUUGGAAAGAAUUUCGAAGUUGUCAAACAUUUUGGAGCGUAAAGAAUCACAAAUAAUGAUUAAGGUGAUGGACUUGACUAAUUGCUGGAGACUCUGUCAAAAUUUGGUUGAGAUGGCAAACAAGGAUGAUGAUGAGGGGGACGCUGAUCUCUUCUCUCGACUCCUAUCUUCUCAGCAAUCCAAAUUCACAAUUAAAUUUCCAGUUCCAAGAAGCGAGGUUCCAAAGUGGUUCAGCUGUCUAAUGGAUUUCAAGGGGUAUCGACAGUUUGAAUUUUGUGUUGAAACACUUGCAAAUUUCAAAUGGGACAACACAGGAUUGGCUCUCUGUGUUGCUGUUGAUCAAAACCUGCACAAUCCUUGGACUGAAUUUGAGGUCUGUAUUCACAUCAAUGAAGUAAGUGUUUGCAGUAUGUGUGGCUGCAGACAGUGGGUUCAUUCAAGAGAGUGGGAUCAUGUGUGGCUGCAGUAUGUUCCCUUCCUUGAAAUGUGGCGAUUUGGUUAUAUGCGUCCAUCGCCCCCUUUUACGUGUCGAGUCAUUAUUUAUACUUCGGUUUCGUCCUUCAAAAUCUGUGGGGUCCACCUUGUAAUGCCUCCCGAUGAAGACGUUUGUAUGAAGCUAAUCCGUGCAGAGAACAUCACCAGUGAACUUUCUGAUGAUGAACUUGAAAAGAGGACUGACUGCAAAGAAUUAUAUACUGAUGCACAACUGGAGAGAAAAGAUGUAAUUAUUACUGAUGCAGCAUAACAUUGUCUACGGACCAGUGUGAUGAAUACAGCCUACGGUGCCCGAGCUCGUUGCGCCUCCGCCGGAGUUUCAAGUCAGAUCAGGCCACUAAUGUAAGGAAGCUGUUGCAUCACUAAUGGUUACUGCAGCUAGAUUUUUUGAUUUACCAGAGUUCUGUGACAUUAGGCCACUAUUUCAAGAGAGUUAAGUGAACUCUGGAUUAUUAUGUGGAUCAAAAGUUUGCUGAGAACAUAGCUUCAAAGUGUCCCACAUUGGAGAAGAAGGUUUGGUUGACAUAGCAUUGGAGUUUUCAAUAAAGUGGGACUCCAAGGCCUUUGAAAAAAAUGUCUAAACCUCCUGCAUUUAUACGGGUCUUGGCCUACUGUGUUGCUGCAAUAACACCUGUAUCAGAUAUUCACAUACAAUACAAAGUCCUGGGAUGUCAAAGUUUGGUGAAUUUCUUAUUUGGGAAAAAAGUAUUGCUCUUUCGAAUUAUAAGGCAGUUGCAAUUUCGCAGGGCAAGCCAUCAAAUUUUGUAGAGCUCUCCAUCCCUAGGGACUUUCCAAAUGAUUGGGCUCCAACACAUGAUAGCUGAAGGCCUGGCAAGGUCUGGAUCAAAAGAAGCAAAGUUAGUGCGAGAAGACAUUGCUGUAAGGUGGAUCAGAACCAAUUAUAAAGCCUACAAGAAAACAGGUGUCAUGCAUGAAAAAUAUGACCGGAAGAGUGGAGAAUUUUGGAGGUGAUGGUGAAUAUGUACCCCAGGUUAACUAUGAAGAGCUCAACACUAUAUGCCAUGGUCUCCACAUUCAUGUGAUACCAUUCUUUAGGUUUUAUAGAGGCGCAGAAGGACGAGCAUGUAGCUUCGGCUGCACCAUUGCCGCUAAAUUCAAAGAUGGAUUAGCUAAAUAUGGGACUGAGGGUUGAAGUCUUGGCCCGCAAAGGGGAUUACCUGAGUCUGUGAUAUUACACUUGACUGAGAUAGGUGCAAGAUCUUCUUCACCAUCAAUUGGAUUCGUUGAUGGUGAAGAAGAUGCAUUAGCUAAUUGGAUUUGUUGUUUUACUGGUCAAGAAAUUCAAAGAUGCAUUAGCUAAAUAUGGGAUUGAGGGUUGAGGUGGGUGGGCGGGGAGAUGAUUUGGUCGUGUAAAACAUAGAUUUGUCUGGUGUUUGGAGCAAUGUGAUCCAUAACCAUGAGGGCUUGCUCUCUACGGGCGUGUCCAUCCUUCUCUGGUUGCAAUUUGCUUCUCCCAUCUUUGGUGGUUCUGCUUCCCUUUUCGUGGGCUACAUGGUAGUCAACACCCAGGAGAUGAUUGAGAAGGGCACACCUUGGUAAUCUGGACUACGUGAAGCUUUCCCUAACCCUUUUCACUGAUUUCAUUGCUGUUUUAUUCGCACACUCAUAGCCAGACAGAAAAACCCACCUAGGGAUUUGCAACCUCUGCCGCCACAGCCACAACUAGCUUCAAAUCAUGGUCAUGCUCAACCCGAUAAGCAUCCAUUCUCUAUAAGACUAUUACAAGAUUAGAUGUAUCGCCUGGAAGUGUCUCUCGUUACAAAAAAGUAGAACAAGAACAAGGCUGGGAAAGUGUUCUUUUACUGCAUCAGGCCACAGUUUGUGACGGCU